GGAAUUACUUUUUGAUCAUUUUAAUAUUCCUAUAUAUAUUUUUCGACUUCUUCCUAUUGAUUUUUUUUUAGUUUUCCAGUAAAAAUCUUCACCGAAUCUCCAAUCCAGCGAUAGACCUCCUUAUAAAAAUUCAAAAGUGAUCCUUUUUAAACUUCAUUGCUUAAAUUUUCUUAGAUUUUACAAAUUUCAUUAAAAAAAGGCUUUAAAUCAUCCAUUUUUUUCAUUCCGAAAUUCCUCAAAAAUUAGGUGGCUAAAUCAAACGCUGCGCAGGCUAUUUUUGUGUUUUUAUGUGAAAAAAAAUACUUAGUAUUAUCCAAUAGUUCAUUUUUCGCGCCGUUCUCCAUUAAUAUAAACAAUAUUUCGUAACAAUAUUUCAUAAUUUUACCCCUAUUAGUUUAAACUAAGCCUUUUUAAAUAAUUCCUUUUAUAAUUUCAACUAUAUCACUAAUUUUAUCACUAUUAUUCGACUAUAAAUAUGUCUAAAUUGCUUCCAAACCUUUUUCUUGGCAUGCCGGAUUCGCAUCAUUUAUAAAUUUAAUGAAAAUUUAAGUGUAUUUGUGAAUUUCUUCAUCGUUUUAUUUUAUGAGUUCGAUAUAUUCUUCAAUUGCUUCCUUUCGGGUUUUAAAUGCAUUACUUUUUAAACGAUU